UGCCAAGUUGUCAAAAAAUGUCAGCCAACAAGGAAAAUAACCUUGUUCAGGCUUAUGUAGAAUUAAAUAAAUUUUGCCAAAGUGGAGAGUAUGAAAGAGCGUUAAAAGCCGCGGGCAAAGUCCUGCAGAUUGCGCCAAAUGAGCAAAAAGCAUUCCACUGCAAAGUGAUAUGCUUCAUUCAGCUCCAUAAUUUCAAGGAAGCACUGUCUGUGCUCUCCAAUUCUAAGAAUGCUGCAUUAGCGGCCGAUUUGCAUUUCGAAAAGGCAUACAGUCAGUACAGACUGAACAGCUCCAAGGAAGCUUUAGAGACUGUGGAUAGUGCAACAGAAUUGACACCAGCUUUAAAAGAACUCAGGGCUCAAAUUUUAUAUCGCCUGGAACAAUAUCAGGAUUGCUACAAUCUUUAUCGUGAUAUUGUUAAGAAUACAACUGAUGACUAUGAAGAUGAAAGAAAAGCCAACAUGUCUGCUGUUGUUGCCAACUUAGCUGCUCUAAACCCAUCAGCAGAUUUACCAACAUUUGAAGAGAAUACCUAUGAACUAUCCUAUAAUGCUGGAACAACACUCGCAAUGAGAGGAAAAUAUAAUGAGGCAUUGCCAGUGCUUAAGAAAGCUGAGCAGGCAUGCUCGGAGAGUGUGAUUGAAGAUGGAGGCACUGAAGAAGAAGCUAAGGAAGAAGCUGCGAUUAUCAGAGUACAGCAGGGGUAUUGUCAACAGCAGAUGGGCAAAGAGAAGGAAGCAGGGAUACUAUACCACAAUGUCCUAAAGGAUAGACCAUCAGACCAAGCUCUGAUUGCUAUUGCAAGCAACAACCUUGUAGUUAUCAACAGAGACACCAAUGUGUUUGAUUCCCGAAAACGUAUGAAGGCUGCUACUCAAGAUGGACUAGAGCACAAACUCAACUCAAGGCAGCGAGCAAUCAUUGCAUACAAUCAAGCUGUACUUGCGAUAUAUUCCAAUCAGCCCGACUUUUGCAAACAGUGCUGCGUGAAACUGAGCCGAGAGUUUAACCAGGAUAAGAAGGCAGCUUUGGUUGAGGCUUCAUCCCUUGUGAAAGAUGGCAAGCGUUCCCAGGCUGUGGCAUUGCUGCUUAAGCAAGACCUCACUCUAGCUGCUGCUCAAGUUCUUUUGGCUCAGGGUGAUCGCAAAGCAGUAGUCAAGUUGCUGGAAGAGAGUGAAUACAAAUACAGGCCUGGUAUCAUUGGUCUACUCUGUACUUUGCUGACCGCUGACAAUGAAUAUGAAAAAGCAUCCAAACUUUUCUCCGAUGUCUAUGAACAUUAUAAGGAUGAUAUUGAUAAUCAGGCGUCGCUGCGCAGCGUGUGGCGCGCGGCGGCCGAGGCGCACGCGCGCGCGGGGCGCGGGGCGGAGGCGACGCGCGCGCACGAGGCGCUGGCUCGCGCCGCGCCGCACGACCGCCGCAGCCUCGCCCGCCUCGUCAAGGCGCUCGGUGCGCACUCGCCGCGCGCUAGGGAGCUCGCCGCUGGGCUGCCGCCGAUCUCGCAGCUCGAGGGAAAAAUUGAUGUGGAUGCGUUGGAAUCUUCGAAAUGGAUGAUGGGAGCAAAGGUCGUUAAAAAGACAGUGCAGAGCAAACAAGAACAAUCUCCUGGAACACCUGGUUCUGAACUUGGCCAAAAGACAAAGACGAGACGCAAGCGCAAGACCAAGUUGCCACCUAACGCAGACCUGUCCAAACCUCCGGACCCAGAAAGAUGGCUUCCUAAGUACGAGCGCACAGCCUACCGCAAGAGACGUGGUAUCCGCCGUGACGUCAUUAAGGGCAGUCAGGGAAUGACUACCAAUGCUGUUGAUCAGUAUGACAUGAGUAAACAAACUCCGAGUGCGGCGGCGACUACAGCAAAGAGUCCUCGGGUGGAGGUUAAGUCGGCUGAAAGCGCGUGGCAACGCAAGCAGCAGCAGAAGAAAAAGGGCAAGGCAAAGGGAAAGUGGUAGAUCAAUAUAAACCAUUGAGUUGAAAUAAUUGACUUUUAA